AUGGCUGGAUCAGAGCUAGACAACGGCAUAUAUUUCCGCUCCACUCUGAAUGGACAACUAGUGGAUGGACUGCAUGCUUUAACAGCCUUUAGCCCGGAUGUCAUUCCCCUCAGUCACACACUUGUUGACCCGGAAGUUUUCAUCAAGUCUUACGACCAAUUCAUCGCGCACGAUAUAGAUCCCGAUGAUGCCUCCACUCCGAUUUACAUCAGAGGAAAAGCGGUCGUACGAGGGAAAGGUUGUCCCGAGCACGUCACUACGAUUGUCAACCUGAGGGCAAUUCAGAAUGAGCUUGUGCUCUGGCCUCAGGUUUGGGAGGAUGUUUCUCCGUUUGGCAGCAAGACGCUUACCGCUUCGAAAGACGGCGAAAUCAUCGUAACAGCAGAGCCGCUUGAUUUCACAGCUAGGCAGAGUAUUGGUCGCCAUGAUACGCUUAUCACGACUACCGACGCGACUCCCCAUGCCCUCUCGGAGAAGGUCAAGAAUUGGCGCGACUUGGUCAAGUAUGUUGGCAAUGACCCUACAUUGUCAACCUACAACUGCACCUUCGCCGAUCCUGCUUCGCCCGGUGCCAGCGUGACUACAAGGCUCCGCCUCCUGAACGACAAGCCCGAGGGUGUCAAAUUGGUGUUUUCCAUUGAGCCAAUUGGAAUACCGGGAAGCGGAAUCGAAGCCUCAUUUUCUUGCUUUGGUUCCACGCCCCCCUACAAACCAUUCGCGUUCGGGCAGCAGCGCGUCCCCAUCUAUCCGUCCAAUUCAGUCACGCAGACCGUGGAGGUUCCGUCCAAUUUUGACGGGAUGUUGACACUUAAUGUGUUCAAUGACAAGGAGCAUGUUUUCGCAAACUACUCAUCUAUCUCGAUAGUCGUCUACGCAGAGGAGGUCGUGAACGGGGACACUCGAUGGGUCCUAUUGGGUGCUGAACAUAUCGUCUUCGAUUCAAAUAGGAGAGUGAGGCGUCUGGUGCGCAGAUACGAGAACAGAUGGAAACUUGCAGGAGAAACGUAUGAUUUCUAUUUCCGAGACUCGCUCACCAGCGGUCCCGAGUUUCCAAGAGACGGAAAUCCGUCUCACUCACCCGGUAUUUCCGCGUCGUAG